CGGGGGGAGCCGGGAUCAUGAGCGGGGGCGUCUACGGGGGAGAUGAGGUCGGGGCUCUGGUUUUCGACAUCGGCUCUUUCUCUGUGCGUGCGGGCUACGCCGGGGAGGACUGUCCCAAGGCAGACUUCCCGACCACGGUGGGACUCCUGGCUCCCGAGGAGGGCGGUGGGCUGGAGCUGGAAGGAGACAAGGAAAAGAAGGGCAAGACGUUCCACAUUGACACCAACGCUCUGCACGUGCCCCGCGACGGGGCCGAGGUCAUGUCGCCCCUCAAGAACGGCAUGAUUGAAGACUGGGAAUGCUUUAGGGCCAUCCUGGAUCACACUUACAGCAAACAUGUCAAGUCAGAGCCCAAGCUGCACCCCGUGCUCAUGUCCGAGGCCCCGUGGAACACGCGGGCCAAACGGGAGAAGCUGACAGAAGUGAUGUUCGAGCAGUACAACAUCCCUGCCUUCUUCCUCUGCAAGACGGCCGUGCUCACGGCCUUUGCCAACGGGCGCUCCACCGGCCUGGUGCUGGACAGCGGGGCCACCCACACCACGGCCAUCCCUGUGCACGACGGCUACGUCCUGCAGCAAGGCAUCGUGAAGUCACCCCUGGCCGGGGACUUCAUCUCCAUGCAGUGCCGGGAGCUUUUCCAGGAAAUGGCCAUCGACAUCAUCCCCCCUUACAUGAUUGCAGCCAAGGAGCCGGUGCGGGAGGGAGCCCCCCCAAACUGGAAGAAGAAGGAGAAACUUCCCCAAGUGUCCAAGUCCUGGCACAACUACAUGUGCAACGAGGUGAUCCAGGACUUCCAGGCCUCCGUUCUCCAGGUCUCCGAUUCACCCUACGAUGAGCAGGUGGCAGCUCAGAUGCCCACAGUGCACUACGAGAUGCCCAACGGGUACAACACGGACUAUGGAGCCGAGCGACUCCGCAUCCCCGAGGGGCUGUUUGAUCCCUCCAAUGUCAAGGGCCUCUCGGGGAACACCAUGCUGGGCGUGGGACACGUGGUGACGACAAGCAUCGGGAUGUGUGACAUAGACAUCCGCCCGGGUCUCUACGGCAGUGUCAUCGUCACGGGCGGGAACACGCUCCUGCAGGGAUUCACCGACCGCCUGAACCGCGAGCUGUCCCAGAAAACCCCCCCGAGUAUGCGGUUGAAGCUCAUUGCCAGCAACAGCACCAUGGAGAGGAAGUUCAGCCCCUGGAUUGGGGGGUCCAUCCUGGCCUCGCUGGGAACUUUCCAGCAGAUGUGGAUUUCCAAGCAGGAAUACGAGGAAGGCGGGAAGCAAUGUGUGGAGCGCAAGUGUCCCUAGCCACGAAGGCAACCUGGCCUCCUCCGGGGGGCGAGGGGCGACC